UUGACUGAAAUAAACUUCAUCUGUUUGUACAGAACAAAAUGCUGAGCAUGAAAAGAUGACAUUACUCCAGCUGAUCUGUUCAGAGAUCAGCUGGAGUAGAGGAAGACCGGUGAUGACUGUGUUAGCUUCUGUAUUCAUGUCUGAUGUGAAGCUACUGGGUGGAUCACUUUACCACAUCCUAAACACAGUUUAUGAAAAUUCCUGCUCUGCCCUUGCCUUGUGAUAGUCAGCUCCUCUUACAGUUAGAUAGCGGAUGAUCAAUGCCGGAAGGCUGGGAGGACUCUGGGGAUGAGAAAAGAGGAAAGUAAACACGCUAUCUCCUUACCGAGGUAAGGCAACUUUUGGCACAGUCACCCUGGAGAAGUUGACCCCACCUAUAGAGUUGUUGUUGCAUCUGAUGUCAUUCCAGUGAUGGGUAAUCAUUACUUUGACAUGCAUUGCACUAAUUACUGCGUUACCACGAGGAGCUGCUGUGUGUGAUGUAAUUAGAGAAUCUCUGGCGUUUUGAUUGAUGGACGUGUCCCCUCUGCCUCCGGCUGUAGGGGACCGAACUCCUGGUUACUGGGUGUAAAAAUACCCGCUGCUGCUCUUACAUCAGUGCGCGCCGUGAUAUUUUUGGGAACUUCUAGCAUUCGCGACGGAGCUGUGGUUAGUCUGCGUGUCUUCUCUGGAUUGUUGUCUGUAGGAUCCGUGCAGAGGGAGAGACGGACGCGACACGACACAGUGCGUGUAAAGAUGUGAAACGGAAUAAAGAGUGGCACAGGCGCAGCAGAAGGACACCAAAAGACGAUUUCGGCAAAACAAUGGUUUGACUUUGUCAGCGUGAGGACAUGGAGGGGACCAGAUCAGACAGCGCUGCCUCCUGUGUGACCACUGAGGUGACUGGUGCCCUGGCUCCUGCUGUUCGACCCACCGGGUUUGGAUAAUAUUGUGCGCUUUAGGGCACGGGUCGCCAAAGCAACAACUGUUUAAUGGUUUUUAUUUUAAACUUAAACGAGGACGGAGAACUUCCAACACACUAAUCAUCCGCUUUUGACUUUUUUUUUUUUUAAACUAAUUAAGUUGUUUUUUCGUGACUUGUGUUGAUGCGCUGGGAAAAUGUGGAGUGCGUUGAUGAACGGUUCGGGGCUGCACGGAGGGGGCGGCGCAGUCGGGGGAUACGUGCAGUCCCAGGGAUGGGAGUUCGUGCCCUGCUCCAGGAUGGAGAGAGCAGACAGAGGCAGAGGCAAAGCCCGCAAUCCUCUGAGACGGGUCUCCUCUCCGCCCACCGUCUUCAGUCAAAUCUACGAACCGCAGUUCGACGCCUCGUCCGACGGAGGUGAAUGUGAAGCAGGGGCGCAGUUCAAGAUCGUCAGGGGACAAAUGUGGCCGAGCCCUGAAUCCCAGCAGCAGCAAACACCACACUCCAGGCUGAAGAAGAAAUUUGACGAUUUAAAAAAGCGACAUGUGCAAGACAAGGAGGAGUGGACGCGUGAGAAGGAGUCGUUGUUGAGAGAAGUGGCAGACAUACAAGGAGGGGAGAACAGGAGGAUUCUGCUGGACCUGAAGACGGUUUUGGAGGAAGUGCAGACGGAGGUGAAGAGAGAGGAGGAGAAGAGGAGUGAGCUCCAGCUGCAGUACACCAGAGACAGAUGUGGCUGGGAGCUGGAGAAGGCUGAGCUCAAGUGCAGGAUUGCACAGUUGGAGGCAAAAGAAAGUACUGGAAUUGCAAGUAGAAAGGUUCGCUCAGGUCAUGGCCCGGUGACGUUGCACGGCGCUCAGGAACAGUACAGUGAGACCCCGACUUUACUCCAGGAGCAAGAAGAACAGUGUAGGCUCCGGACCGACACGCACGCAGCAGCCAUGGACCUGCGCUACCGUCUGGAGCACACAGAGAGGGACUGGCUGAGAGAGAAAGCGGAGCUGCUGGAGAGGUUCGACAUGGAGAGGAGAGAGUGGGAGACCCAGCUGAGAGAUAUGCAGAAAAAAAUUGAGGAGCUAUACUGUGAAGUGAGAGCCAAGAGAGAGGGGACCAGACUGGACAGUGAUGAUGUGGUGCGCAGCCUGAGUGUUAAUUCCACCAGCACAGGCUCCAGUCUGCUCAGUGACCACUCCCACACUGAACUGAUCAGCAGCAGCAGCCAAUGGGAGCAGAACAGGCCGCCACAGUUUCCUGGCUUCAAUCUUAACAGAAAUAUUGGUGGCAGGGAGAGUCAUAAACCCACCUGUUUCCAAGCAGGAAACCUCUGUGACUUCAAUAUAGCUGGUCAGUUGAGUCAGAAUGAGCCUCCGCGAGCCGGGCCGGUCGAUGAUUUGAGAUCCAGAGGCCCUUGGCAGACCGACUCUGUUGACGUUAGUGGAGAGCCGGCUGCUAUUUUUCAUGAAACCCCUGAAUGUGGAAUGAAACAGAGAAACGGCACCAGUGGGAGUCAACACAACGUCCACAUUGGUCCAGAAGAAGGUCCUGUUGGACCUGAUUUGCGUUAUGGCAGUGACAAGAAGAAGAACUCCACGACUCUCAAUGCUUCCACAGCGUUCAAUUGUUCUUCCCCAUGUGCCUCUGAUCCUCAGGCUCUGAAGGAGAUUGCACGUGUAAGUGAGGAGCUCUGCAGCUACCAGGAUGAGAUUAGAAGGAAGAGUGUAGAUAAGAGGAAUCCAUCGGAAUCCCAGUAUGUAGCAGAGGGAAGUGAAAGGCUGUUUUGCCAGGAUCAAAACCAACUGCAGGUGGACGAACCUGCCUGUGAUCUCAGUCAAAUUUACGACGACUUCAGAGCACUGGAAAGGGAAAACUGGAUGGCCUUGUCACCAGAAAACACCUGGAGAGCCAACUUCUCUGAUAUGGAUGCACCAGCUCCACCCAUCCCACCACGCACCUCCUCCUGGAAUCUGAGCACACCUGCCCAGACAGACACAGAACUCCACAUCCCAGAAUCCCCACAGACUACACUUAGGAAGUGCCACAGCCCAUGUGUCCUGGUGGACAGAAAGUGCAACAGUCCGUCAAUCGUCAGGAAGUUUGAGGCCAUGCUACAGGAAAACGAGGGAAAAGUUCUUAUUGAUGGAGCGGUAACAUCCUGCACCGUACCUGCUAACUCUAACUGUAACAUGGGCUGCUGCCACAACCGAUGGUCUUGCGACGCCAGCAGGUUCAGCACUGGCAACUUGUCUUCCUGCGGAACGGUGCAGAAAAGCUUCUCUGAAGUUAAUAUACGGUGUGCUGGGAAAGACACGCGCUCAGACUACGGUGCAGGUGACGGUAACUAUACAAAUCCCGAUCUACAAAUGGAGCCUCCACUGGUCAUAGAAUCACCUGUAGCUACGUUGCUGUCGUCUACAGAAAACACACCUGUGAACCCCAACCUACAGGGCUCCAGAAGAAACAUAGUGCUGGAACAAAAAACAGCAGAGUUCAACCGGACUUUGUUUCAUGUCGACAUGGGCCGGGGUUUUAAAGGAGCUGACAGUUCUGUCGUUGACGCCUCUUCUCUGAGUUGCCAAGCUGUCACCGCAGCAUCAGAGCGGGAAACAAGAUUUCAGACACAUUGUACUGAUGUCAGCACUGGUGCUGCAGGUGUGUAUCCUGAAAUGUUAGCAGAUUCCAUUCUUCAAAUAUCAGAGGUCCAACCGAGGGAAACGACAUGUGGUCUUGAAGCUCAUGAAUUAAGAAUAAACCAAGAAAAUGUGUUUGAUCUUCCAUUUGAAGAGCCUCAGUUUGACACAAUGGUCUCUCACAGUCCUGUUCACCAGGCCGAUGCCAGGAAACAAGUUCAAACCACUGGCAGUCCUUCCAGGAAAACACAGCACAAAGCAGCCACAGACUUGCUCUUUCCUGAUCCUGUCUCGUCUGCAAAUAACCAGCCAGGUCAGAAUGUGGAGGCGUCCAUCUCUGACUAUGACAAUCCACAUGGAGCAAAGCCUCAGCCUGCAGCCAGGGCAGGCGCCUCAGCCCAUCAGUCGCCUGUGGAGAACAAACAAAGACAGAUGACACAGUCAGGGCACCAGACACAGCCAAGGCAUGCGUCUGUCCCUCCUUCUCAGUCAGACUCUUCCAGACAUGGGCCUCGGAUGAUGAAUGACCACCCCUGGAAGCCCCUCACUCUGGCCGCCUACCCUCGACCUGAGGGAUCAAGGUCCAACUACGGGGCAGUGGAAAGAAUUCUGAAGAAUUAUGAGAGUGCAGCUCGGGCUCAACAAAGCCAGAGCCAGAAGAACGAAAUGAACUCAAGUCCUAACCUCAGUGUUGGGCGGGAGCAGAGUGCCACUGAACUGGACAUGCUGGACAUGGACCCUCUGCCUUUACCCCCUACUCUGAGACACACACAGAACCCACACACUGCACAGCUACACAGCACACACGCAAAGCUCAGCAGCCACACUGCCAUGGGUGUGAAAGAGAUUCAGCUUAUAGUGCAGGAAAAUGAAGACUCCUCUUCAUGUGUCUCCUCUUCUCCGGCCCCAAAGUGUUUCUCAAGGCCGGCCCGUCCUGCCAACCGACGCCUUCCCUCCCGAUGGGCCAGUCGCUCGCCCACCUCUUCCUCGUCAACGUCAUCUUCUCCCUCCACCACCCCGAGUUUACCCCCGUCCUGGCCACUUCAGAAGCACUCUUCGCCUCUUUCCUUCUCACAUGCCUUUCACAUUGAAACCGUCAUCAUCUGAUCUCCAUAAAAACCAAACAGGGGUUUCUGAUGUAGCCACCAAACGCAGCUUGUUUCUCCUGAACCACAGACUCUGAAGUGCUUUCGCUGUGAGUUCACUAACUCACCUGUAGAAUGUAAAUGGCAUCAUGUAGACACUGUAGUAUGUAACUGACCAAGAAGGACACGUGAAGGAUUUCUCAAGCUGCUUGCCUAUUUCAGCAGACAUCAAACACAGUCAAACAGUCAGCCAACAAUAAAACACACAGCACCUUCCAACACUUCAGUUAUGUCAGCUGUUCAAAUCAAACAUCUCUGCUCAGGUCUGAAUUAUAGCCUUGACAAGUGUAGCCUCGCUGAUGUACCAA